AUGAAUUCGAACCCCUUCGCUCUUUUUCUUUCUCUUUUACUCGUCCAGGGGAUUUUAAAUACAGGAGGUAAGUACUGUACAAUUUGAUGCUCCGCUUGUUUUCGUUUCAAGGCUAUUUUUUAAACUGGUACCGACACGAUGGACGUGUAUUGUGGCAGGUACAUGGGCUGUAGUAUGGUAAACGCAUGGUCGAACUUAGAGCCAUUUCUUGUGACAAAUAUUAUGUGAAUGACAAACUUUGAAAUACUAACUUGAUAGAUGGUACAUAAGAAAGCGUAUUUUGGUUUUCGUUUAGAGUUGCGUCUUGGGGUCAAGGAUUUUUCAUUCGAUGAUGUGAUGGAGCGUUCUGUUUGAACCGAAAAUCGAGUAGCUUGUUUACAUACUGACAUUCUUUAUUCCGAGCCUUUUCUGCUUGAAUUUGAUUUAUUUGCCAGUAGAUGUUGGUUUUUUGGGUUAUAACAUGUGUUAUGUGUUCUCUUUUUCCCUACCGAAGUGAAAAUAAUAUUUUUUGUUUUCCUUCGAGGCGCGUUGAAUUUUCCGUGUUUUACGCUUCGCCGCCCUUACAAAUAUUCAGAUUUCUCUAAUGAAUAAACUAAAGGGUCUUGUGGGAAUUUUAAAAUCUUCUGAACCAAUUUUGUCAUUCACUCAAUGCAAAUUUCCCUUUGAUGUUGGGGUGUUUUUUAAAAGACGGAACUGAAAAACAUGUUAAGUGGACGUAGAUAUAGUUUAAUGUAGCAUGUAUUCAGUUCAAAUCAAAGUGAAAUUCAAACAUGGCCACUGCAUACUGGUAACGUUUCGCGGCACUAAUUACAAUUUUGCCGCAUAUCGGUUUUCGAACUGCAAUUUUAGUUUCUCGUUGUAAAAGGAGUAAACCAUUUUCAAGGUUUUUCAAAUGCAAAUAAAGAUUAUUUUAUGUUUAGAGACUGAGAAGCUGGGAGAAUGGGACGUCGACCCAAAUUUUAUUCCUAUCUCUAUCAUAAAUCUGCAUAAUUUUUUCUCCUUGUAUUUUUAACAUCAACCGACUGGAGCAUUGUCGAUUUUUAAAUGUUUUUUUUUUUAAUUUUUCAGGCCUAGAGCAGAAGGGGGCUAGAAAGGAAGAUGUAGUGGUAACCGACGGAAUUGAAUUGCAGAAAGUUUUGGAACGAACAAGAAGCGAUCCAACCAAAGCGACGAAAUUAAUUGAUGAUGAAGAAACAGAUUUGGUAACCGCACGCCGCGAACACUUCAACUCGGAUACACAAGCAAAGAGUAGAGAAAAUAGUUAUGUAGAUGUAAGUUCGCUAGAAGACACUGAUGCUAGACAAGCGUCUGAGAAUGAAGAUACGAGGCAAGGAAGCAACGACGGAGAACGAACGCCGCAUCACAGAAGAACAAACCUAGAGGAACGAUUAAAUAUUGAUUCUCUGAGAAGCAAAGAUCAGCGGCAUGCUACAAGAGACAGUUUAGCAAAAGCUAACCAAAAUAAAUUGGCUCGACCCGCCGAGCAAUCGAACCUGGAAGCUUCGAUCGGUGUUGAAAAACCGAGCAUUCCUGAUUCAAAUAUAUCCUCGACACCCCCGCCUAACGUCCUCAAGGUGAAAAACACCCUGGCGAGAGCUGAAUUAGACGACAUUUACUUUUUAUGUAAGUGAUUUUUCUUUUUAUUAUUAUUGUUAAUAUAUAUUUAUGUAGUUUUUUAUUUCCAAAUUUAAAAAUAUGUUCAACGUGAGCUUUUUCGACGAAGAGAUUUUUUAAAAGACAUUUUGAAUUAUGAUUUUUGCAAGAGUUUUGGAAUAUUUUACAAGAUUGUGGGCGGUUGUUGUGUUUUAGUCUUAUUUCCAUUUUUUAAAAUUUCAUCACAAAAAAAGUAAACCCGUAGUAAUGGUCCAUCUAUCACAUAUCAUACCACUGUACGUUGCUUCGCGCGAAUUUUUGUUCAGUGUUUCGAAAAGAAAAACAAGGUUGUGAUUUUUUUUAGCGCUAGGAAUUCAUUAGUAUUAUUUUCAAAGACUAUCGCUGUAAUGGUUUACCGAAGAUUGUCAACUGCGUGAAAUCAUUUGUAGUUUCCAAAAACACGUACUUUAUUCAAACUCUGUUGGUGUAAAAGGAUAAUAAAUUCCAUUUCCUUGCUAGUGGGAAGUAAUUAAGCGGUAACUCAUUUCAACCAAAAUCCUGUACAAAACUGUUCUUGUUUCUAGUCUCCAGGUAGAAUUCUUUGUAUAAAUAGGCUAUCUUCGGCGAUCGUCAUCCAGCUUCCGUGUUGCGUCAGUUCGUGUGUACUUUGUGUCAAUGUGUACAAUGUUUUGAUGUAGUUCUUUCAGUUGUGAUGCAAUAUUUAAUGCUUAAAAUGCAGUUUAUUCUUUAUCACUUAAUUUUUUUCUGUGCUAUGCUUCUGACUCCUUUGGGCAUUCCGUUAUAGCAGCCUGUGCUUAGUUAGGCUACUCUUGUUUUUGUUUUACGUUGCAGUUUGUUUCUGAGAGGAUUAAAAAGAAACCCACUUUUUCUAGUUUUGUUACAUUUCGGAAUCAAAAAACUAAAAUCCUAUAGGCUGUUUUUUAACCAGUGACAUACCAAUUUAAUGUGAUGAAUAUGGUUUAAAAUAUCAGUUUUGUACAAAAUAAACAAAACCCAUGAAAUUUUGCACCAGACUAGGAAGCAAUUCACAAACGUUUAUCUUGUUAUAUAGUCGUCGUAUCUCAUUUCAGGAACUAAGUUUUGCCGGAAAAAACUGACUUCUAUGCAUUUUGUAGAUAAUUCAAAAUUUAGAACAGUUUUUUGAUUCUAAGUUUAGAUAUUUUUUUUUUUGAAAAUGCUUGUAAAAAAGGAAGAUUUAUUAUUUUUUUAUAAAAUAAUUUCUUUUCAAUAUUCUGUUUCAUAGAGAUCAGAAUUUUUUAUUACUUUUUGUUUAAUUUUAUAAUAUUGCUGUUUUUAGUGAACUGUACCUCCAAAUUUUCAAAUGCGACAAUUCAAUUUGAUUCUAUCAAUUUUGCUUCAACUUUAUACAAUAGGUUAGCAGAUGUUUUCCCUGUUUCUAAAUAGAAAUAAUUUGGGUGUUGUUGUUUCAACAUUUAAUAGCUUUGGAAUAUUGUUGUUUAAUAUGUUCAUUGUUGUUUGAUUGGUUAAAAUAGCAAGCAGUGAAAUAAGCUUACAAGUUAAAAAUAUUUUGAUUUUGUUUAAAAGAUGGUUACUGUUUGUUUAGAAUUGAGCUGCUUUAAACAGAUAAGAUGGAAUAAGCUUUUAACAGUUUUGUGGAAAAGUUUUAUGGUCCAGCAGGGAUCUUCAUUAACUUCGAAACUGGAUUUUGCCAAGAGAGCAUUUCACAGAACUCCCAGAAGGGCAAACAGUGAACUCUCGACAGGAGUCCAUAAUGCAGAGUGAGUAACUCUCAUUCUAUGCCUAUGUCACAGUGAUUUUAGGGCCUGGUUUGUUUUUUGACACAUUUUUGGCCACGUCUUUGAGUGCAUUUGUAGUCGAAGAUAUCAAAAAACAUUAUUUAAAAGGCAAAAAUAUCAUUUUUAGGUCUCUAGGUUUUGUUGACUGGUUUGUGGGGGAUUAAAACAUAUUCUAAAUUUGUGCCAAGAUCACUCUAAAAAUAAACUGGCCGUGAAGACACCGUGACACGAGCACAUGAAAGUUGCUCACUUCAGGUUAUGGGCUCCUGCUCUUUAAAGCCUCUGGAGCCGUACUUAGCUUUAAUUCAAAAUAUGGUUAACUUUUUUCCAUAUGAUCGCUAUGAUUUUGAUCUAGAAAUGGUUGAUCAGCUGUCAUUGAAAUUAUUAAAUAUGGAAGGCAGAUGUAAAAUUAUGCAGCUACCUGUGAUUAAAUAAAUAAUGAUUUGGAGGUUGCGCAUCCACGUAUUUGUCCUUCGUUUACCUGAUUUCUGGUCAAAUUGGAAUUUGGAAAUGUUAGUUUUUGAGGAGAGGGAAAAACUGAAGUACCCAGAGAAAAACCUCUUGGAGCAAAGGAGAGAACCAACAACAAACUCAACCCACAUAAUGGUGUUGACGCCAGGAUUUCAACCCAGGCCAUGAUGGUGGGAGGCGAGUGCUCUCACCAAUGCGCCACCCUUGCUUCUCUAGGUGUGAUUAAGUGAUGGGUCAAGCAAAGAUUGUUGCAGCCAUUUCAGAGCUGUUUUCAUAUGAUUGCUCCAAUCACUGCGAUGUUUUCUUCAGCAUUUUAAGUGAUUGAACGGAUCAUGCAUAUCAAAAUUUGGAAACCAGGCUUUAUCAUCCAAAAAUUUAGUUGUGAAUAUUUAAGUAAAACACAGAAAUAAAAAGUAAACCCUUUGUACAUAGUAUACAUAAUGCAGCCUAGAUCUACAAAUAUACUUCAAGAUAAUUCUGGUGAAGCAAAAAUAUUGUCAGCCAGCAAAAGAAGGUUGAAAUUUUCUUUAAAAAUGCAAAAGGACUAUAUAUUAUUCUCUAAUUGAAGACACUGUUUUGUGUUUCCUAUUGGGGAUGGGGCUCGGCUACUUCUUUAUGAUCUUUUGAGCCAUUCAAAGGUUGGUUGGUUUGGAGGGUAAAAGUUUAUGUAGUUCAUACACUAAAAGUGCACAUUGAAUGUCGUGGAAUUCUUGUCACUCCACACUCUGGUUCAAUCAACUCAAGAGGAAUGUAGCUUUUGAUUGAAUAACACAAUUCUCACUCGUUCAUUGAUCAAGACAAGAACUAGAACUAACAUGACCAUCCAAGUAAGAGAUGCGUAGAUUUUAACUGAUCGCUUACCUCAAGUUUUUGCUGUCAUUUCAUAGCCCAGUGAUUCAAAUCACUUGGAUUUCCACGGGGAAAAUACCUUUACCAUCUAAAUAUUUUUAUCCAGAAGCAUUUCUUGACCACUAAAACAUCCCUAAAUUUUCCUCUUAUUGAUGUCCACAAUUUCCCAGUUUUGAGAAAAUGAUUGUACGAGACUGUAUGAUUACUGACGGUUUCCCAGGGGCUGAAACUAGCCUUGUGAUUGGCUAAAACUCUCAGAUUCUUUCUUUGUGAACUGCAAGACAACAAUUAGAGAACAGUGAAAGGCAGAAAAACAAUGAAUGCUUUUGCUUUUCGAUGUGUGGCAACCUUGUGCAUGACAAAGUAUUUUUAUGUGUAUCAUGACCUUUAUGAGUGAAGACAAUGGAAAACUGUCCCUUGAUUCAUAGUUUUCAAUAACAUCAGGAAUUUUUUUUUCCAAAAAAUUGGCCAUUGUUGUGCCUUUUCCAUUAUCUUUUCUCAUUAGAGAGUAGCCCUGUACUAAAGAGCAUAAAUGUCACACAUUAACUGUUUGAAAAAUUUUGGCCUGGCUUUUGAAAUAAAACGGAGAGCAAAGUAGGCAGAAUUUCAAGACAGUACUUGAAAGCAUUGAUGUGAUUCACAACAAAAAAGGGUAUGGUCUGAGGUCACACAGCUAUCUGCACUCAUUCCAUAACUCUUAUCUGAGCAAUAUCGCUAAAAUUAGGAAAUAUAUAUAUUGUCUACUCACUGCAAGAUUUUAAUACAUACAUUUAUUACGUCAAAACUAGACUACUGUAACUCCCUCUUAUCUGGGCUUCGACAGAAUCAUAUUAACAAACUUCAGAUUGUGCGAAAUUCUGCUGCACGUCUUUUGACAGGUACUAGGAAACAUGAACAUAUUUCACCUAUUUUAAGGUCUCUUCUUUAGUUGCCUAUUCCAGAAAGAAUUGAUUCUUACAUUUAAAUCACUUAAUGAUGUAGCACUGCCUUAUAUGGAAGAACUGUUAGUUUGUUAUCGACCAACAAGAACUCUGCAUUCUGUAGAUAAAGGACACCUAGUUCAGCCCAAUUAUAACCUUAAAACCUAUGGUUCCACAUCCAGCUCCUAAGAUAGGGAAUUCCAUGCCAGUCAGUUUACGCGCAUGUUGUGAGCUGAGCGCUUUCAAAUCAAAAAUCAAAACAUUCCUUUUUAAGCAUGCUUUUUAGUUGUAAUUUCGUGUUUGUUUUUAUUAUUAUUAUUGUUGCAUAAAACAAUAAAAACAAAAGAUAAAAUCCGAUGUUUUGGGGUAGUCAUGACUCAAUUAUCAAUGGAUUAUUAUUAUGAGUUAUUAUUCAUUCGUUUAUUUUUGUUUAUUUAUUAUUUUAUUUUAUUUUUUUUAACUAUUAAGUUUUUGUAAUAUUUUAUUAGGUUUAUUACCAUUAGUACUGAUUGUAAAGUGCUUUGGUUAACUGAGAGAAAGAAAGAAAGGCGCCAGAUAAGCGUAUAUUAUCAUUAUUAUUAUUAUUAUUAUUAUCAGUGAAGUCCUGAACAUCCUUAAAAAUGUAACUUCAAGGGAAAAUUAAGAAACGUUCACUUGAUUUGAGUUUUCAGAUGUUGACUAGCAUUUUUGUUUUAUUUAGUGCUUGCCCCUUAAUUCUAGCUGACAUCUUUGAUUAAGUUGCAUGACAUUUUUGCAAUCAAGGGCUGUUGUUAUAGGAACAUACCAUACUUAUUCAUGUUCUCUUUAAUUCUUGUGAGCAUGAUAUGGGCACUCUCUCUCCAUAUGAGUACUGUAGUAAGUAUCAUAAUGCUAGAUUUCAUCUUAGAAAGCACAACAGGUGACGUUUAAGUAAUAUAUAAUUUUGCAUGUUUUCAUCCGUAGUUAUAGUCAUUGGUUGCAGUGUAGCUGGGAUCGCUGGAUUAGCCUUGGCAGGGUACUGCUGGUAUAAGUAAGUAAACUUUUGAUUUUUUUUAAUCAAGAAAGUUUGUUUCCUUAAUUUUAUUUUUGAGUAGUUUGAGAUUAAAUAAAGGAAGUUAAAUUUGUGUGUGUAAGAGUGAACAAGUCCAUAUAAUAUAGCUGAAAAGAUGUUUUCCUGUGAUACAUGUAAUCAUUUUACAUAAACGUGCAAACCAACUUCUGGCUGCUCUGAUUGUAUAUUUUAACUCCACAUGUAUACUUUGGUCCUUUUUUUAUUGUUUUCUGUGUGAGAUAUUUAAUGUAAAUAUUGAAGAAAUCAAUUAGUAAAAGUAAUGUCGAGAGAAACAUUCUUUGUGAAGACUUUUGAUAUUUAAUAUUGUUUUUGAAAAUGACUGAGAGCAUUUGUCAUUAUUUUUACAUUGGAGGAUAGCUGUCUUUUACUAGACAAUGUAUCACGAAAGUUAAUAAAGGCAAAGACUUCUGUCGAUGAUGAUUUUAUUUAGACAGCAGACAUGCUCUAUUUAGGAGAAGGAAACAUAUUCACCCAUGCUCCUGUGCAAUGAGUUUUUUAUCAGUCCAAUGCUGAAUUCUGUUCAGUUUGAUUCAAUUUCCACUGGAUUCAAAUUGAACAUUUCAAUUAUUUUUUCCUUACAUUUUCUUUUAUUACAACACUUUCUCAUAUUAUAUACAAUACACCUAAAGAACAUACACCUAAAUUCCAAAAAAAAAAGACAAGGCUUGGGACACAGCUACUUACACCGAUAAGAAGACAAAUUACAGGACAAACUAGACGAACAAAAUAAACAACAAAGAAAAGAAAAAAAAAAGAAAACAAUAAUAACAAUAACAAAAUAACAAUAAAACCUCUUAUCAAAAAGAUAAAGAAGAAAACGCCUCGCCCCUCUGGUGAAAACACACUGAAAAUAGUUUGUAAGGGAGAUAAAUGCAUCUUGAAAAAUUAAAUUGAAAUCAGAAAAGGUACAAACAAGAGAUUCAAGAAGAAAAUAUGUCUAGAAAAAUAAAAAAGUUACUAAAUAGAAAAAGGUUCCAUUUCUUCUUUAUGUUGUUUAAAAAAAGACUCUAAAUUACCAAUAUAUGGGAUAGUUCCUUUGCUUCUGAAAAGCCAAAUGUAAAAAGCUUACAUCUUUGUGCAUAGAAAUUAAGCAGUAGUGGGCAGUUUGUUCUUUGUUUAUUGCCUUGGGUUAAGUCAAAUGAGGUGUUGUAUAUUAAUACUCUUUUUCAUUUUAAUAGACUGCACACCACAGCAAAGGCUGUAAGUGAGGCAGAAUACUCUGCUUCUGGAGCUGCUAAACCAGGUCCUCAGGUUUCUCAGGUACAUUGUAUAAUAAUAAUAAUAAUAAAAAUAAUAACAAUAAUGAUGAUGAUAAUACAGUUGAACCUCCAUGUGCGACCACCUGUUGUAAGCCAGCACCUCCGGUAAGCGACCACCUACCCAAAAUAACAAAAUUUUCCUGGUUGAAGCCUUACAGUUGGAAACUUUCAUAAAUGACCACCUCCUGUAAACAACUACAACAACUUUUCAGGACUGAUGGUUUUACAGAUGGUCUGAUCUCAAUGUUCGCUCCAUUUAUUGUGUUACUUAGAGUACAGCUCAGAAGGAACUGUUGACAACAACAUGGAAUUACACAUAUCGUAACUUGGAAAUUGCAUGCAUUAUAUUAUCUACCAUAGAGUAGAUGUGUCUGGACCUCUUCUCUGAAGGGACCUCAUGAGGUCAAGUUCUUGUAUAUGACUACCUCCCAUAAAGGACCAGUAAGUCUUCACAUGUUGGGUGGUUGCUUAUGGAGGGUUCGACUGUAAUAACAGUGUGGCUUUGUUGUUUUUUUAUUGCUUAAGGGCUUUUUUGGCUGCAGAAUCAUGGUGUUUAUACUUUUUUUUCUGUUAUAGGGAGACCAUAAACUUGAUUACAGUGCAGAGAUUUAUCAUUAUCAACAGACCAAAAGUCAACUGUCAGCCAUGGAAAAGUGAGUGAAGAAUGUAGUACAUUUCCCAUUCAAUUGUUGAACUGUUGGUGCAACAGUUAAUCAGAUGUUGUUGUUUUUUAUUUGUUUGUUUGUUUGUUUUUUCAUGUAAAUAGUUAAUUUAUUUUUUAGUAUUAGUUGAAGGUCAUACCCUGUUUAGUGAUUUAAUCAUCUGGAUUUGGUCCAAUGCAAAAUUCAGUGACUCUCUUAUAAUGAAGCCAUGUUAAACCCUGGCUAAACAAUCAAAGAUAAAAAAAUAAUAAAUUAUAAUAAUAAAUUUUUUUACCAUGGAUUGUUUAGCUGGGGCCUUAGUAUACAUUUCAACAAGCCUUUAAACAGCAAUGUCAAUGAUGAUGAAAGACACAAAAAUGGAUUUGGCAUUAAUGAGUACACCCUCAUUAAAGUUAAUAUUUGAAACAUGGAUCCUCAGAGCUGAUACUUGAGACCUGCGUACUACUCAGCAAGGAGAAUUAUGAGGAGGCAGUGUUCAGAGGGGAUAGAGAACUGAAAUAAUUGCAUUCUGCAACUGGACACCCUAAGUUCAUUCCCCACCCUAACCGCGAAUUGGACUUGUUCGCAGGAGUUGCAAGUUUAACUCUUCAGUCACACUUUAAUAGCCAACUGUUAAAAGCCUUCGGCCAGUUGGGACUCUAAACCUCUGUUUAUUUCCAAGACUUGAAUCCUUAUUGUAGGCCACUAAUGUGUUACCCUAUUAAAGGAGCUGUGUCAUGAAAUUCAGCCAAAUUAGGAAAUUACAAAAUGCCUGUUAAAUUAAGAGAAAAAUAAAAAUAACCUCUAAAAAUUUAAAAGGAAGGUUUAAAUAACGUAACAGAAACAACAGAUGCCACAGAUGGGCAAAACUGAAGAAGAUUGAAAUUUGGAUUUUUGAAAACUGUUCAGCCUAACAGUUUUUCAAAGUUGAUCCCUGCUGCUUGCAACCUCAAAAAAUAAUAAUGUUUAGGAGACAUAAUUGUUUGCCUCGGAUCUCUGAUUUUGUCAUGUACGUGUAAUUUCUUUGCUUACUUUAAGUUCCAUAGCGAUUGAGGGCGAGUAAUUCGCAAAAUUAAACAAAAUGCCGUGACACAGCCCCUUUAAAGACAAUUUAUUUUUAUCUCCAUAAUGACAAAAUAUCGCUGUUAAUAGGGCUACUGGAACAAAGGGAAGCAUAAAAGGCGAAACACUUGAUGAUGAUGAGGAGAACAGUGAUGAAGGAGAUGAGGAGGAUUAUACUGUCUAUGAAUGUCAUGGACUGGCUCCAGUAAGUUCUUUGGAAAAUGCUUUGGAUGAUCAAACAAGUCAGACCCACUCAAGUGCAUUUGACCUUCACUAGAGAUAUUUUAUUGUGUAGCUAUUAUUAUACAGCUGUCGAAAAAUGAUGCAAUAGUUUGGUUCAGAAUUUCGGGAGUUGACUAAUUCAUACAGAAAAUUCACCCCUGCCAAGGCUUUAUUUAAAGUCAACUCAGUCUGUGACACUGGAAUCCUUAGCUUUGACAGCAUUAGGUAUACUGAAUGACUGCCUAUUCACAUCAUGGCCUUUGCCUUUGGAAUUAACGGCAGAAAUACUUGAUCAGGUGCUAUGAAAGAUAUUAUUACUAACUGAGUUGAUUAUUGUUUACUUUACAGACGGGUGAUAUGACAGUUGUUAACCCCUUGUUCAGUGAUCAAGAAGUUGGCGGCAGUGAUCAGGAUGGCAAUGGAAAUAAGAGUGGUGCUAGUGGUCAAGGAUCGCCUGUAAUGCCGCGACACCCAAAUAAAGAGUAGUAAAAUAGCUAUCAUUAAUUAUUACUAUAAUUUGUUUUAUUUUUGAUCAGUUCAUGGGUUGUUCCUGUUAUUUAUGUUAGAUAUGUUUUUGUUCCUGAAUUUAAUUACAUGGAUGCACCUAGAUGCUUUCAAAAUGGUUUAUUUUUGUCUAUAAAAUCUGGGUUGAUUACAUUUCUCUCAAUUUAAGAAAAAAACAGAUUGUCACAAAGGAAUUUUACACUUCUCACUGUUGUCGAUAAAUUGCUGUGAAACCAGCUAGUGAAUAUUUCUGUGUUUCAUCUUCUCGAUGACAAAAUUUUACUGGUUUUUGUGAAUGUUUUAGUCCAGCUAAAUUCCGCAGUGUCACCACAAGUCUGUUAAGUUUGUAAAUGCCUGCAAAUGCACUAGUUUACAGCUGCGUUUCUAUAUGAGAAUAUUAUCUGUGUUUUUUAAUUUAUUGCUUUGGAAUUGUUUCCAAAAACACAACUUGUACUUAUCAGUGGCAGAUCCAGACCUUCAGAUAAGGGGGGGGCCCGGUCAUCCAGACCCUGAGAUAAGGGAGGGGGGGGACAAUCUCCAAAAAAAUUUUUCCAGCGCUUUUGGCCUCAGUGUGGUCUAAAAAUAAGGGUCUGGGCCCCUCCCUCGGUUCUGCCACCGCUUGUUUACAUUACUUCCCAUACGCUGUAAGUGCAAAGUUUGUUUGCGUUUAUAAACUUAUUCGGUCUUGAGUGGACAUAAUGAACAAUGAAACACGCGUUGAAAUGUAUGGCUAGGUGUAUCCAGUGUUGUUUAUGUUCAAUUAAAGGGAUGGACAAAUGAAUCUAAAAUGUAACGGUAGUUAAAAGGAUGAUAUCCAUGGAGAGACGUUUUUUACAAAAAGAAAAUUAUUAAAUUUCAGAUUAUAAUUUUUUAUAUUUGGGUCUUUGGUAUAAAGUUGCAUCAAUUCUAGAAAUUAUGCUGGAAGCCCUUCCAGUUUGUAAAUAUCAAUAAUCAGACCAUCCUGGUUUUAUUUAGAAUUUACACCAAGUGAUGAAUGUUAAUGUUGAAACAUGAGAUAACAAUCAUAUUUAUUCAUUAUUAGUGAUGGUGUAACUAGAGUCAAUUAUUAUGUGCUUGUUGUGUGUAGAAGGGUCAGCUAUGUGUGACGAGACUUCUUACAAAAAUUAUCAAAUGGAUUUUAUGUAGCUUGGUUAUGCAGAGAUGUAGUGACUGGUGACUGGUAGUCAUGGUGUACCAUUGUGAAAGCUCUCCCUGUGACUAUCAUUCAUUUGACUGAUACAGUGUAUUCUUAACAGAUGUACAUUUCUUUGUUAUGGAAUACCAGGUUAACUUUUUACACCAAAAUUACAAAUUUAAGACAAAGGAUAAAGCACAGGGCUAGUAGUCUAUGAAACUUAGGGUUUGUUAGGCGAAAGUUAUAAAAAAAAUUAGAUUUCCUGCACCAACAAAGAAACAUUGUAUGUGCAAGAGAAAAUACAGGAAUGCUUUUAUAGGAUAGUAGCAACAGAAAUUUUUUAGGCUCCCCAAACAAAAAGCAAAGAGAUUAUUUGAAGCAAAUAGUUAGUGUCAGUAUAUUUCAACUUCAGUUGAUCUGGGUUCAUGUUUAUUCACAAGUCUUAAGAAUUGCUGGAUAACAAUAGUACAGCCUUUGUUAGGAGACAAAACUUAAGAGAGAUCUUUUUUAGGAUGCCUUGGUAUAUCAUUGUAUUCCUGGGACCAGACAAUUUGACAACUUUUCUCUGGAGGAGAAGUUGUUGGCAUCUACCAUCUUACACGUUCCCCAUGAUGCAAUUUGUCUUCCCCACAAAAUUUUGCAUAAGUUUUGUUCGCAACUGUUAGACCCCAGAGAAAAUGUUUAUACAAAAUUUUGUGGGGAAAACAAAUUGCAUUAUGGGGAAGUGAAAGUCGAAUUCUAUAGGAUUAUUGUUAGAAAUUUUUAGAUGAUCUUCAAGUAAUUUGCAUUUAGUUUUUGCUUUGGAUUUAGCUGAGCAUAAUGUUUCAACAAAAGAACUCUGCUUAACCAAGCUACGUACAUCCACUGUAGUUCAGAUGCUGCCCAAUUUUAAGGCUUCAAGCCUUCGGGACAAGACUGCAAGGUGAUGUGGGUAGCUGUGGAUCCUUUGUAAUUAGGUGAUAAGUUCAUGGUUUUCACUGCUCUUAAGCAAACGUCACAAAAUUUUAAUUUAACCUUUUGGAUGUGAUGUAAGCAGAGUUGCUUCAUAACUGAGUUUGAUAUAUUUAUUUUAAAGAAAACUACCUUGUUGUCAUUCAAUCUUGUCCCCUAGGCUAUCCCACAUUGUUUACUGAAACAUUGUUAUGCCUAACUGUGUAUUGUUGAGUGUAGAAUGUUGAUUUUGUACAACUUAAAAUUCCAUAACAUCCUUUUGUCAUAAACCUUUUUUGCGCUCUCACUUUUUUCUUUCAAUAGUCAUUCAUUUCCACAACACGUUACAGUUACAAAAGUUAAACUAAAAGAGAGUAACAAAUAUCACAAACUGGACAAAAAUACAGGAACCUCACAUUAUUAAUAACUUCACAGGAGUUCAGGCUUCUGGAGUAAUCACCUGGAGACACAUGACGUAAAACAAAAUACCUCUUUAUUUGGUAUUGUUUCAUAGUUUUUGUUCUUUUGAGUUAUGUCAUCUGUGUCCAGCACAGAUAUUAAAUGCCGACUGUUCCAGGGGUUUAGUUAAUAGGUGGCUGGCAGACCUCAUAAGUCUGUUUCUUUUUGUUCACACACAAUUACAAGAAAGUGAAUUGCCUUCUACCAAGUUUUACUUUACCCUGAAGUCAAUCAUGUACUUUGAGAAUUUGUACCACAAUAAACAAUGUUAUGGGCUAGUCUGAAAUCUUUUUAAGUGUCUAAUUUGGUUUUUAUGUCUUGACCAUUUAAAGCCUCAAUAUCCAC